UGACAGUUACCUAAAAGUUUGAAAAUAAACGCAAACGGCGAACGGUAACAAGCUAACAACGGAUUUUGAAAAGCCCAUGAAAUUAAUGUUUAAUGUGCAAAUAAUUUAUAAAGAAAUUGCAUAAAAUGUCUACUCGGUCUGGAAAACGUAUACACGGCUCAUUUCACCAGACAGAAGUGGAGGCUGAUGCUGAAAUCAUUGAGAAAAGUGUUAAUAAGACCCGAAGUAAGCGUAUUAAGGAUACCAUUGAGGUUUUAGAGACAACUGUAUCUAAACCUAAGAAACGGAAAAACUAUGUCAGUUAUCCUUCUGAAGAGGAGGCUUCAGGCGUCGCAGAGGCGCCAAAUGACGAGAAAGAUGAGUAUGUUCGUGGAAUGACAAAAAAUACUUUGAAGGAGCAGAAUUUUAAUGUUUCCAAUGUUGUUGUUGAUAAUCAAAAGCCAGUGAGACUGACGCGUCGAACUAAGAAAUUCAUCGAGGAUGAUUCCGAAAAGGUCCCUGAUGUUGUUGCUCUUGUGGAGAAAAAGAGGAAAAAUAAGAAAAACAAAUCUAAGAGGGAUAUGACUAAUGAGAAUGUUCCAGUGGUGUCUAAGAAGUCUAAGAAGAAGAAGAAAAAGUGUAAACAACAGAGUCCUGGGACUGUGGUGAAUAGUACUCUGAAUAAAAGCGACAUGUCUGUAGAUUCAUUCCACAGUGCCGCAGGCAGCCCAGUGAAUGAUGCCAAUGUUAAAAAUAUAAUGAAUGCCACAUUUGAGAAAACGCCAGAGAAACAGCAAGAUAUUGAAGUUGUACCUCCGGUAAGGACUAGUGGUAGGAAAAGACAAAGCACUAAUGUUGAUAAUGAUGUAACUUCAAAUGUCAACAAGUCACUAACACUCACUGCAAAAAAAGAAGUUUCUAGACAAAAUAGCACUUUUGAAAUAACGGAAAUUAAAUCUGCAUCAGAAAAUAAAUCAACAACUCCCAAUAAAAGUAAAGGACUGUCACAAAACAGUACUUUUGAAAUCACUGAAGUAAAAUCUACCUCGGCAACUGAGCCAACUCCAAAUAAAAGUAGAAAUUCACAGCAAAACAGUACUUUUGAAAUCACUGAAGUUGAAACCAUCACAAGCAAUAAAUUUGAAAAAGGAAAACAUAGAAAAUCAAGUAUUAAAAACGGAACUUUUGACGGGGACAGUUCUAUUUCUAUGAAUAACUCUAACAAUAAAAAAUGUGAAACACCAAGUAAACUUAAUUCCACUUUUGAAAAGGCACAGAGGAAAUCUCCGAGACUGAGUUCUGUACAAACUAACAUACCUAUGAACAACACAUAUGACAAAGACGAACAGCAGACAGAAGUUUUAAAUGCAACAUUUGACAAAUUAACUGACUUGAACUCAACAUUUGACAAAGAUCCGGAGAAAACAUCUAGCAAAUCAUCUCUGGUAACUUCCGAUGACACCGGUAACUUGACAUUUGAUAAAUCCGAUGAGAGAAUAAGUAUUACGAGUGAUGACUCGCGCAUUGAGAAUACUACACCGGUACUUAUUGAGAGUAGUAUGGACGAAUCUCUCCACACAUCGAACAGUUCAAAACAGAGUCCAAAAGUAACAAUCCCCACUCCUUUGAAAAGGGAGGGUACAUUUACCAAAGAUGGACCAGAAAUAGUAUUAAAGACGUCCAUAGAUUCAAACUCUCGAACUCCGACAAAACGUGUUUCACUGGCGACACCUGGAUCCACUCCAUUUCCGUUCUCCAAGAGUGGGCAGAAAGAGAAGGCGAUGCUGAAUGUGACACGGUCCAUAGAAAAGUCUCGACUGUCCAUUUCCCUUGAUGCUCCGGCUCCAAGGCUUACUCGGGUGAUGUUCUGCAGCCCGGUCAAUAACCCGGUGGUGGUGGCUCAGCAGAAGCGGAAGGUCAUCAAGUCCAAUCUGAAAGGAUCCAACAAGAGUUUUGUGUUUGAAGAAACUGCGUCCCCUGCGCGUGCGGCGCCGCGCAAGCGCUCGUACACGCACAGCGACGCGGAGGACGCGCGCGCCAAGCGCUGCCGCCUCGACCACCAGCUGCAGGCCGCCACCCGCCUCUCCAAGCCCAGGGGCUCCACAACAAAGCCGAACGAACCACCAACAACUCCAUCGAAACGCGUCCCGACGCCUUCGAAGUCCAAAUCAGAGUCCAAAGUGUCCCGGACCAGGCUGCCCAACUUCGCGGCGCUCCACCAGCGGAGGUUCGACAAGAUGGAGUCCCUGGAGGAGUGCCAGGAGAGGAAGGCGAGGAGGGCGAAGCAGCUGUUGACGCCGAGCGCCGCCAUUACUGUGCUGGAGAGAAACAGCCCCAGAGGAUCAGAGCCGGUCAAACCAAAAGAACCGUCAAAGAAACCUGAACCCAAGAUCGAGAGACGGCCAGAGUCCAAGCCGGUAGCGAAACUCAAUAAGACGAAAGAUUUGCAAAACGGUUUGAACAAAGAUGAGAAAAUUAAACCAGUGGACAGUUCCAAAGACCAGAAAGCCGAUGUUGGCAAAACACUGACCCUGGAUUCUCUGAAGAGGGGGUAUACCCGCUUUGGGUUCAAGAUGGACAUUGGUGUGAACCCAUUCAGCGUGCCGAAGACAGAAACGAAAGUCAGGGAGACCAGGAACGGGCUUACGCGGCAGAUGACCCAACCGUCACUAGCCGGCGCUACAGUCGCCCGCAAGGAGGCGGCCAAACAGCUGGUGAUGAGGGAGAAGUCAUUCACCCACGAGCGCCGAGACCUGAAGAGGAAGGAGUCCAGGACCGUCAUCAAGGGAGUCCGCACCAACAGGCGGUUUGAACUACAGAUGCAGAUGAGAAACAUCAGCUAGAGACUAAGACUUUUAUGAAAUGGUUCAAGAACAGUGUUCAAAGAGCCGUUGUGUGCCUUUAAGAUACAGUGCCUGCACUGAAACGCUAAACUGAAUUUACUACUCUGAUAAUCGCUGACAAACAUACAUACAAGGCAAACUGAUAAACACCUUUUUUUUUGAUGGUGAUAAAAAAAAGAAUACCUGGGGCUUUUUGGCGGGAGUCAAAAUAUAUGGGUGUACUAAUAUUUUUUCAAAAUUCGAGUAUUAUUCCAAUACUAAUACUCUAUAAUCGUUAGGUUGUUAUUUAAAAACAAACCCCAGCGCGGAUAAGUGCUGGAAAGAGUAAACAAUACGGAAACUAAAUAUGAAUUUAAUUUCAAGUAUUUUCAUACGACAUGGAAAAAUAAACGUUAGUUUGUUCAACAGAGCGAGAUCAAAGCAGAAUCAUCCAUUGCAAUACUCCUAAAACUGUUAAAGUGGUUUACUAUAUAGGGUACAAGGGUCGUAAGCAACCAUCAUCGUCAUGAUUUUUUAAUAAAAAAAAACAUACAAAAACAAAAUUUGUAUUUUAUCCACACAUAUAAUGUAAUAAUAGUUAAUGAACACCAAUAAAGGUCUAAAUCCAUGCAAUAUGUCACACGCCUCUUUUCGGAGGUUCAGACAGAAAAUACAUAUAUCGCUUUUGCUACGAUCCAGCCUCACUAUGUUCAUCUACGUUUUUUUCCUAUUUGGACAUCACCAUUCACAUUUUCUCCUUAUCAUAUCUUACCUGUAUCUUUUCAACAUUAAACGUGUUUUCGUCACUGUCUUUAUAUC